CCCUGUCUGCCCCACUGUCCAGCGACAUAAUGAGCUGGAGCUUCCUCACGCGGCUGCUGGAGGAGAUCCACAACCACUCCACCUUCGUGGGGAAGCUGUGGCUCACCGUGCUUGUCGUCUUCCGCAUCGUCCUCACCGCCGUCGGAGGAGAGUCCAUCUACUACGACGAGCAGAGCAAGUUCGUCUGCAACUCGGGCCAGCCGGGCUGCGAGAACGUCUGCUACGACGCCUUCGCGCCGCUGUCGCACGUCCGCUUCUGGGUCUUCCAGAUCAUCCUGGUGGCCAUGCCAUCUCUCAUGUACAUGGGCUACGCCGUCAACAAGAUCGCCCGGCUGGACAAGGGCGGGGGAGGGAUGGCCACUGAGACAGGGGGAGGCGGCUACACCCAUCGGAGGCCCAGGAAGAUCUGCUUCGGGGCGCAGCAGCACCGGGGUAUAGAGGAGGACCAGGACCAGGACCAAGAGGAUGACCCUAUGAUCUACGAGGUGCCUGAGCCCGAGCCCCCUCGCCGGGUCGACCCGCUGGCCCCGCGGCCCAAGCCCAAGGUACGCCAUGACGGGCGGCGGCGUAUCCAGGGUGACGGGCUGAUGCGUAUUUACGUGUUGCAGCUGGUGACUCGCACGGCACUGGAGGCGGGCUUCCUGGCGGGCCAGUACCUGCUGUACGGCUUCCGCGUCAUUCCCGUGUUCGUGUGCUCCUUCAAGCCCUGCCCCCACAGCGUGGACUGCUUCGUGUCGCGGCCCACGGAGAAGACCAUCUUCCUGCGCAUCAUGUACGGCGUCACUGUGCUCUGCCUCACCCUCAACGUGUGGGAGAUGCUGCACCUGGGCAUCGGGACCAUCUGUGACAUCCUCCGCCGUCGCCGCUGGGUGGUGGGGGACGGGGGUGCUGACUACGUGGGGUACCCGUUCUCGUGGAACGCCCCGUCGGCUCCGCCGGGCUACAACAUCGUGGUGAAGCCGGAGCAGAUCCCCUACACGGACUUGAGCAACGCCAAGAUGGCGUGCAAGCAGAACCGGGCCAACAUCGCCCAGGAGGAGCAGCAGCAGUUUGGGAGCAACGAGGACAAUUUCCCCACGGGAGGGGAGGCCCGCGUGGCCCUCAACAAGGACAUGAUCCUGCAUGCCCAUGACCAGCUAGAGGCAGCCAUCCAGGCCUACAGCCAGCAGCACAGGGCAGAGGAACACCUGGGGGACAACCAUGAUGACAAGCCCCGAAGCAACAUCACCCAGGCCCAGGCCCAGGCCCAGCCUCAGCCGCAGCCUCACAAGGAGCGCAAGCACCGAUUCAAACACGGCAAGGGGGGCAGCAGUGGAGAAGGGAAUGGGAGCAGCAGCAACAGCAGUAGCAGCAAGUCAGGGGUGGGCAAGCCUUCUGUGUGGAUUUGACCCUGUACACACACAAAUAGACAAACACACACACACACACUCCAGCCCUGGCCUGAGCCAGCACUGACAGAGCCCCAUAUCCCUGUAGAGUAUGUGUCAGUGAGGGAAGGGGUGGCCCCGAAAACGCCAGGACCGGCCCUGAAUGGAGGGCUGAGGUAGUGGGAUGUCAUGUUUUCUUUCUGUGGAUAUUUCAACACCAUGUUGUGCCUUUAAAAAUCCCACAAGCUGGAGGAGACUAGCCUACAGUAGUAGUAUGUCAGUGUGGACAGGUGAGGACAGGUGUGUCAGGAGCAUUAGUGAUUUUGUAGCAGGCGGCAGUUUGUCUGGGCUGUCGCUGUCUAACCUAAAACACCCCGACACAACUCUUUGAAACAGUCUCUAGUGUUUCUGAACUCUUCCAAUUCUGAAGCAGACACUUGUUCUCUGUUGUCUUUCUACUGUCCCGUCUUCCAGUAGCCUGAUGACUCACACUAAAUUAUUCUGUAGUUCGCUGCACACUUUAGUCUGAGCCUGCCACCGUUGAAGUCAUUUGUGGUGACGAAGGGCACAUGGGGCAUUGUACAAAACAAAGUCAUCAGCGAUUGGAUCGUCUCUAACCAAUCAGAGCCCAUGGGCGCCGCUUUACCCACGUGUGUUCUGGCUCUGGCCCAACC